AUGAAGAGGCGUCGACUUUCUUGCUGGCGGUGGCGUCGCAUCCCUGUCGGCCUGGAUGCUAUUUGGGCGAGUUUCGGAGAUGCGCCGAGAGGAGAGGAGGAAGGUACAACUUCAGGGUGCCAUGGAGCAAACAUUUUUGCAGAGCCUAGGAUGCAGUUCAAUUCGACAAAGAGGAGGAAGUACCCACUCAGGUACCCAAGACUAGCCCAGGCCCAACCAUCCUCGGCAGCACAGACAACAAGCAGAAAACUUGGGGCCGGCUUUACCAAGUUCGAAUUGAACCAUUCCAACAAGGGCGCUCUUCUUUUUUCGGACGACAGCUAUCCAACCACCAUUUUACUUAUCAACCUUGCAAUUAACUUUGCUACCUUUAACUUACCUUCACCCUUGGUCAAGAAUAUCGGACGGCCUGAUAUCUACUGGAGAGGACUUUGCACUGGGCUAGAAGACGCGCGCGACCUUUGUAGCCACCAGCAGCAGAGUACUACAACUGCAGCCUUCCGAGAAUUCUGUACCAUGCCAAUCAUUCAUUGCACGCACAGCUAG